UAGAAGGCGCGAAGAGAGAGGAGUGUCGGAAGGCCGGCUUGGCGAGAGAGACGCGGCUUAGUUCCCGCGCGGCGGACGGAGGAGGUGUGCCAGACAAAGGCGGUGGAACCUGCUGGUGCGCUCGUGGGUAGAGGAAAAGCGCGGGACUGCUUGUGCUCUCGGCCAGGUAGCGUGGUUUUCUCCUGUAUUAUAUUGCCUUAGAUUUAUCAAUUGACCAGUCGAGAUGGGAAUCCAUGGUUUGGCCAAGCUGAUUGCAGAUAUGGCUCCUGCUGCCAUUCGAGAAAAUGACAUCAAGAGUUACUUUGGGCGGAGAGUGGCCAUUGAUGCCUCUAUGAGUAUUUACCAAUUCCUAAUUGCUGUACGGCAGGGAGCUGACAUGCUGCAGAAUGAAGAAGGUGAGACUACAAGCCACCUGAUGGGUAUGUUCUACCGCACUAUCCGCAUGGUGGAAAAUGGCAUCAAGCCUGUCUAUGUCUUUGAUGGCAAACCUCCCCAGUUGAAAUCAGGUGAAUUGGCUAAGCGUACUGAGCGGCGGACUGAAGCAGAAAAGCAGCUUCAAGAGGCCAAAGAAAUGGGUGAGGAAGAAAACAUAGAGAAGUUCAGCAAAAGGUUAGUUAAAGUGACUAAACAGCAUAAUGAUGAGUGUAAAAAACUUCUGACCUUGAUGGGUAUCCCAUAUGUAGAUGCCCCUGGUGAAGCUGAAGCUAGCUGUGCUGCGCUGGUGAAAGGAAACAAGGUCUACGCAGCUGCUACUGAGGAUAUGGAUUGCUUGACCUUUGGCAGCCCUGUGCUAAUGCGACAUCUUACUGCGAGUGAGGCAAAGAAACUGCCCAUUCAGGAAUUUCAUCUAAACCGUAUCCUCCAGGAUAUGAGCUUGAGCCUGAAAGAAUUUGUGGACUUGUGUAUAUUACUAGGUUGUGAUUACUGUGAAAGCAUCCGUGGAAUUGGACCCAAGCGUGCAGUGGAACUCAUCAGGCAGCACAAAAACAUAGAGAAGAUUAUUCAGCAACUAGAUGCUAAGAAGUAUCCCGUGCCUGAGAAUUGGCUGCAUAAGGAGGCCCAAAAACUCUUCUUGGAGCCUGAAGUUGUAAACCCAGAAGAAGUGGAGCUGAAGUGGAAUGAGCCUGAUGAGGAAGGGCUUGUUAGCUUCAUGUGUGGAGAGAAGCAAUUCAAUGAAGAAAGAAUUCGUAAUGGGAUCAAGAGAUUAAACAAGAGCCGACAAGGAAGCACUCAGGGCCGGCUGGAUGAUUUUUUCAAAGUGACUGGUUCUAUUACCUCAGCUAAGCGUAAGGAGUCAGAACCUAAGGGUUCAGCCAAAAAGAAGGCCAAGAGUAGUGGUUCAGCAACAUCAAAAUUUAAGAAAGGGAAAUAAAGUUCUAGAACAAUGCCAAUUCUUCAGCACUCCACCUUUCCUUAGACAAAAUAUAUUAAGCAGUAAAUUCAGGGUCUUUUCUGUACCAUACAGUUGUUUUAGGAUACUCAAAAAGUGAAACAAUUUGUUGUCAGCCAAUUAACAAACAAUACUGUUGUAUUUAAAAGAUGA